AUGGAGGUAGGCUACAGAUGGAUCACCAGGUUUCUUGCCCUUGGAUGUUAUGCUUUACUUCUUAUGCCUGGUUUUGUUCAAGUGGGAUAUUACUACUUUUCCAGGCAAGUCCGGAGAAGUAUUGUCUAUGGUGAGCAACCAAGAAAUAGGCUGGACCUUUACCUGCCUAAAAACAAUGAUGGCCCCAAGCCAAUUGUAGCAUUUGUAACAGGUGGAGCCUGGAUCAUUGGUUACAAAGCUUGGGGUUCUCUUUUAGGACAACAGUUAUCUGAAAGAGGCGUAAUAGUGGCAUGCAUUGAUUACAGAAAUUUCCCUCAGGCAACUAUCGGUGAUAUGGUCAGAGAUGCUUCCCUAGGUAUCUCCUUCAUGUGCAACAAUGCGGCUGAAUAUGGAGGUGAUCCUAACAGAAUAUACUUAAUGGGACAAUCAGCUGGUGCACAUAUUGCUGCAUGUGCUCUCGUGGAACAGGCGAUCAAAGAGGCUGGCGAGGGACAGAACGUUUCAUGGAGUGUCUCUCAAAUAAAGGCGUAUUUUGGGUUAUCUGGAGGGUACAAUUUGCUUAGCCUAGUUGAUCACUUCCACAGCCGAGGUCUGUAUCGCUCUCUUUUCUUAAGCAUAAUGGAAGGGCAAGAAUCUUUGGGAAAAUACUCGCCAGAAGUAGUUGUGCAAGACCCAAAUGUUAGAAAUGCAGUUCCACUCCUUCCUCCUAUUAUCCUUUUCCAUGGCACUGGAGACUAUUCCAUUCCUUGUGACUCCAGCAAGAAAUUUGUGGAUGUUCUGAAUGAUCUUGGUGGUAAAGCUGAAUCAAUCAUGUAUGAAGGGAAAACACAUACAGAUCUGUUUCUUCAGGAUCCAAUGAGAGGUGGAACAGAUGAGAUGUUGGAGGAAUUGAUCAGUAGAAUUCAUUAUGGCAACCCAGAAGCCUUUGCAGAAGCUGCGAAUGCUCCCCGGAGAAAGCGCUUAGUGCCUGAAUUCAUGUUGAAGUUGGCUGGCAAAGUUAGCCCAUUUUAGGCCACAAAUAACUUCAUUUUACACA